GGGAUUGAUGAAGUUACAAGAUCUGAGGGAGUGACAGAAAAAGAAAGAGGGAGGGAAAGAGAAGAACAGUAAGACAAGCAGGACCAAAGUCCCAGUUUUCUCUCCCUUCUUUCUCCCAGUGACUCCAGGGUGAGAUCUACAGAUAGCCAGCAUGCUGUCUCUCAGCUCCCUCUGCAUCCUCCUUGUCCUGCUUCUCCUCCAUCCUCCACAGCUGUAUGCGCAGGAUGUGCUGAUACGUCUUGCAGGCGUGGGUCGGAGAAAUGCAAAUGAGGGACGUGUGGAGGUGUUCUACAACGGCGUGUGGGGCACUGUGUGCGACGACGAGGUGGACAUUAAACUUGCCAACGUGCUGUGUCGGCAGCUAGGCUUCGAGCGCAGCUUCACCUGGGCACACAGUGCCAAGUUUGGCCAAGGGCAAGGUCAGAUCUGGUUAGACAAUGUGCGGUGUCAGGGCUCAGAGGUCUCUGUUGCACAGUGUCAGUUCAGCGGUUGGGGCAUCAAUGACUGCACCCACGCUGAGGACCUGGGUGUCAUUUGCAGCCCAGAAAGAAGACCUGGCUUCCCCCCUGUCACUUUAGAGGAGACCCCAUCAUCAUCAGGUCAGCAGCCAAGGCAGCAGAGACAAAGAAACCCAGCAUCACCUCAAACACAGCCUGUGUCCCCAGCAAACCCUCCAUCUUACUCAGCAAGAGGCCAUGAGAUAGCCCUCCAUCGCAACACUUCCCCUGCCCGUCGCGGAGGUGUCUCUCCACGGGAAAAUGGCCAUGAGAUCCAGAUCUCGAGACGAAAUCGAGGUGGUUCAAGAGGAAACCAAGGAGCCAGCCCUGCAUUGCCGCGAGGCCAUCAGCUGCCCUCACGCCUGGUGAAUGGUGACGCCUACAGGCAGAGGCAGGAAACGUCGAGGAGUAGUUCACAGGCUGAGAGGCAGGAGUCUGUAUCGCAGGUGAACAGCCAGCCCCAACCUCAGUCCCCUGCCCAGAUCCACUCUGAGAGGAGGAGCGACAGGCAUCAGCAACCUACCGGAAACCAUGUAGAACCAGACCUAGUUUAUCCAGAUGUGGAUCUGGAGACAGAUGCACAAUACACACAGGGAUCUGGAAGCGUUUCCCUGGAGGAGGCCCGGCUUCGGCCUGUGCUAUCCAGCAACCGUGGUGGUCUGGUGACUGAAGGAGUCCUGGAAGUGAAGUAUGCUGGGAAGUGGCGUCACGUGUGCAACAAGGGAUGGGACUUGAGCAGCAGUCGUGUCGUGUGUGGCAUGUUGGGGUUUCCGGCAGCAGAGCCCUUUGACCAAAAUGCUUACAGGAAACUUUGGGACUCUAAGUUAGCUGAUUCUUCAUUAAGGCUAAGAUCCCAGAUCAGUAAGAAGGCUUACUGGGUGGAGAGGGUGCAGUGUCAGGGUAUGGAGGUGUCCUUAGCGCAGUGUCCUGCACAGCUGUCCCUCCCCAGGAGUGAUGUUCCAUGCAGGGGGGGCAUGCACGCAGUGGUCCGCUGCGUCCCUGGAUACCAGUUCACCCGAAACGGCAGAGCUCCUGCUCCACCUCCGGUUGCGCCUGUUGUCCGCCUGAAGGCUGGGCCUCGUCUCGGAGAGGGCCGUGUUGAGGUCAUGAAAGAGGGAAAAUGGGGGACGGUGUGUGAUCACCUCUGGGACCUGAAUGCAGCCAGUGUGGUCUGCAGAGAGCUGGGUUUUGGGUCCGCUAAAGAGGCUCUUAUUAACGCUCGACUUGGACAAGGUACUGGUCCUAUCCACAUGAACAGCGUCCAGUGCACAGGCAGGGAGAGGUCUAUCAUGGAUUGCUCCUAUAAACCAGUACCACUUUACACCUGCAAACACACUCAGGAUGUAGCAGUCCGCUGCAACAUCCCAGACACUGGCGUUCAAACAACCGUGCGUCUGGCAGGUGGGAGAGACCGUGCAGAGGGCCGUGUGGAGGUGUUGGUCGAGGUUGGAGGAGUAAAGCGCUGGGGCUCAGUUUGCAGCGAGAACUUUGGCCUCAACGAAGCCAUGGUGGUCUGUCGGCAGCUUGGCUUUGGAUUCGCCUCCAGAGCUCAUGAGGAGACCUGGUUCUGGUCGGGAUCCCCGGAUGCCAGUGAGGUGUUGCUUAGCGGGACUCACUGCGUGGGCACAGAGAUGUCCAUACAGCAGUGUCGCAGGAAUGACCAAGUCUAUUGUCCCCGAGGCGGAGAUGGCAGAGCUGCAGGAGUGGCUUGUGUGGAAACUGCUCCUGACCUUGUGGUGGAUGCCCAGCUUGUCCAGGAGACGGCCUACCUGGAGGACCGACCUCUCCAUCUGCUGACUUGUGCUAACGAGGAGAACUGCCUUUCUUCCUCUGCUGCCAGGAUGAACUGGCCCUAUGGACAUCGCAGACUACUGCGCUUCUCCUCUCGCAUCAUGAACGUUGGUAUGGCUGACUUCAGACCAAGAGCCACCAGAGAGAGCUGGGUCUGGCACCAGUGUCACAGACACUACCACAGUAUUGAGGUGUUCACUCACUAUGACCUACUUACCCUCAAUGGGACAAAAGUGGCUGAGGGUCACAAAGCCAGUUUCUGCCUUGAGGACACCUACUGCCCUGAUGGUAUCCAUAAGAGAUAUGCCUGCUACAACUGGGGUCAGCAGGGCAUCUCCGUUGGCUGCUGGGACACGUACCGCCAUGACAUUGACUGCCAGUGGAUCGAUAUCACAGACAUUCGACCCGGUGAAUACAUAUUCCAGGUUGAAGUGAACCCUACCCUGGACAUGGCUGAGUCUGAUUUCCAAAACAAUGUGAUGCGCUGCAGGUGCAAGUACGAUGGAGCACGAGUUUACCUCUUCCGCUGCCAUGCAGCUGAUGCCUACAGCGCUGAAGAGGAGGACUUGUUUGACCACCAGCAUCAACUUUCCAAUAACUUCUUGUGAAUUAGGGAACAUUUAAGAACUGUACAACAUUUCUCCAGACCUCAGAAGUCUGGUAAUGAAGAGUGAAUGAAAGUUAAUAAAACAAAGAGCUGAGGAAAAAGGGAAAAAAGAGGGAGGAAGGAAAGGACAGAAAUUGCUGUUUAGGAUCAUGUGAUAGAUAGGGAAGAAGAUAGAGAGAAGAUUAUCAUUUUGUUUGGAAAUUAUACAGAAAUAAAGAACAAAUGUAGGACGAGAAAAGGAGGAAAACGAGACAAAAGCUGGACCAUGAUUUGUGAUAAAAACAGUUUACAACUUUUGAAUACAUGUCUUGUUAUUUUAACAAAUGUUAAUGCCUCAUUUAAAAUCAUAAUCACAGUUGAAAGUAUUGAUAUGAAGGCAUAUGAGGAGAAACUAUCAUGGAUCAACUGAUUGUCAGCAUAUUUACCCAGGUAACAAUGGACCUUAAGAACAUUCACUGUCCAGCUGACAGCUUCCAGGAUUUACUGUUAGGACUGUGUGUUUUUCUAUAUUUUAUUUUCAAUUACAUUUUAUUUCAUCUCAUGGUGCUAUUUUGCUUCUGUUUAAAUAAAUACUGUAAUGUAUUGCAA